AUGCUAUUUGCGUCGUUACAGUUGCUCGUUACUAUUGUUUCAUUCAUGCAGGUAUGGUGAUUUGGAAUUUGUAACUAGAAAGUUUAGACUUACAGAGCUUAAAAUUAAGCUAGUAGAGAUUCAAAGCCUAAACUUAAUAUGCCUAAGCUUACUAAGCCUAGGCUUAAGCUUAGUAAACUUAGGAAUAGUACGUCUAAGUUUAGUAAGCAUAUGCUUAGUGUUUUAGGCUUAGGAGGCUUAGACUUAUUAGGGUUAGGCUUAUUAGGAUUAAGCAGAGGAUUAGAGUUAGUAGUAUUAGGCUUAUUAGGUUUAGGUUCAGUAGGCUUAGACUUACUAAACUUAGACUUAGUAAACAUAGUGUGUUUCGGCUUAAGAGUUUUGAACUCCUUGGGUUUAGGCUUGGUAGACUUAGGAUCAGUAGGCUUAGUAAACAUUACACUUACUGGGCUUAGGCUGAUUAAGCUUAGACUUAGUAGGCAUAGGCUUAGUAGGGUUAGGCAUAGUAGGCUUAGAAUUAGUUGGCUUAAGUUUACUAGGCUUAUACUUAGUAGGCUUAAGCUUAUUAUACUUAAGCUUAUUAUGUUUAGGCUAACAAGGAAAGUGCCCGACCUGCCCCGCUCUGAUUGACUUCAAACUUUUUAUAUAGAAAGAUCAUUUAAAUAUAAGAUCUUCAGCAAAGUACUAAAUCGCGCUUUCCAGGAAAUUUCGAGAAAAUCGAGAUUGAAAAAUGACAAUUUGAAUUUUCCGAGUUUACUAAGUCUAAGAUUUCGUGGGCUUAGACUUAGGCUAGCCACAAACCCAAGUAUUACUAAACUUUGUACUAUUUAGCACGUCUACUCCUGGUGGUCCUAUUCAAACGUAUUCCACUGUCGCUCUACACUGGCAGCCAAUGCUACAUUAUCGUCGCGAUUCCUAGCUUAUGACAUUGUCAUUUUUGACUUUGGACUAAUGCACAGGAUCUUGGGUACGACAGAAUGUGUAGCCAACUAUCUAGACGGAGGCUACAUGAGAUGCUCGUGGUGCGUGGAACAAGCAGCAGCUUUGACAUUACUACUGGCAUGUGUAUGCUGUAUUCCGAGACCGGUGUGGCUUCUUUGGCCAGGUAAGGGGGUGUUUCACAGAUCUCUAAAGAGCUCCAACCGGCUCAUCUUUUGUAGUGGAGCUUUGUUAAGAUCUACGGUUACUGUAUGUUUAGAGAUACUGUCAGGGCCGGGCGCGAGGAGGGGGGGGGGAUGGGGGGGGAACCCCCUCUCCCCCCCCAGAAAAAAAAUUUUUUGAAAAAAGUUGAACGUGGCCCUCUCUGUGGAUUUUCGGACCCCUGCCCCCAGACCAAAAGUCCUCGCCCGGCCUUAGAUACGGUAACUUAACGUAUUAUCUAAAAUUUUUUUAAAACUUUUUAAUUUAAAAAAAAAUUCAAAUGCUUCCAUUAUACCCCUGCCUAACCUAAAAACCCUAUCCUUCAGCCCUCCUAAUGCAAAGCUCCUACGUUCUCGGCAUGGCUAUAUUAACCAUGGCUAUCGCUCCGAAAAUGCUCGAAGCCCUGACUCAAGUGGUUGAUCAAGAACUUGGUAUCGCCUUGGUCUCAUAUUGUAGUGGAGUUGCUUUCAACUGGGUUUUUACCUUCAUUUUAUGGCAUUACUACUGGGGAAUGGAGAAGAAACAACUCGAGAUGGGACAGGGCCACACGAAUGAGCUUGAACAAGAUGUUUCGGUUCAGAGGAAGUGA